AUGUUGCUAACUUCGUUACUUGCCCUCGCUACGCUCCUUGAGCCUUCUUACUCGUGCGAUGACCACGACUGGACGUCUCCGGUCCUUGGAGGCUACGUCGACCAUGGCUUGAUGAGAAGACAUGACCUCGCUAAACGGAUCCAGCCAGCUGCUCUUCCCACCCCGCCGCAACAGAUCAAGGACUUGCAUUGGGGCCAGAUCAAUUUCCUUCACACCACAGAUACCCAUGGCUGGCUCGCGGGCCAUCUGUUGGAUGACAAUUACAGCGCCGACUAUGGCGACUUUGCCGACUUUGUGCAGAAGAUGAAGGCCAAAGCGGACGUGCUGGGUGUCGACCUCCUCCUCAUCGACUCGGGGGAUUUGCACGACGGCACUGGGUUUGGAGAUGCGACGACGCCCAAUGGAAAGCUCACACUGCCGAUUUUCAAGAAGCUACCGUACGAUCUGCUGUCGAUUGGCAACCACGAGCUCUACACGACCGAGAUUGCCAAUGACACAUAUCGCAACUUUGCUCCGUACUGGGGCGGCCGCUACAUUACCUCCAACGUCGAGUUCAAUCUCACGGGUACACCCACUCCCUUCUCCAACCGCUAUGCAUAUUGGAAGACGAAGAUGGGCAUCCGCAUCAUGUCGUUUGCCUUUAUUUUCAAUUUCACCGGCAACAGUAAUGCAACCAUCGUGACUCCGGUCGGGGACGCGGUCAAACAAUCCUGGUUCCAGGAACAGGUCAAGAGGACCGAUAUCGACAUGUUUCUAGUCGCGGGACACAUCACUCUUCGGAACUCGACGGAAUGGGGUCUCAUCUACGCGGCCAUUCGCCAACAUCACCCUACCACGCCUAUUCAGAUCUUUGGGGGCCAUCGACACGUACGUGACGCCGUCGUCUUUGACGCGUCGGCCGUGGGCAUUGCUUCGGGAAGAUACUGCGAGACGGUGGGAUGGGUUUCUGUUAACGGACUACCCAGUCGCGUCACCAAAGCAAAGUCCCCGAUGGGGAAUGCCACCAAAAUCACGACACAGAAACCCUCUGACGUUCCUGGAGUCAAACCCAACACAAACUCGACUUUAUCCUACUCGAGACAGUAUCUCGACUUCAACCGAUACAGUUUUGAAUUCCACACAGCCACCAACGAGCAGACGUUCAAUUCCAGCUUGGGCGUGACCAUCAGCAAGAACAUCACCACCGCGGUGAACAGUCUCCCGCAACUCACGAACAAACUCGGCUGCUGCCCGAGCAACUACUACCUGGACCGGUUCCCCAUUUCUUCCAACCGGAGUCUGUUCAACUAUCUGACAACCGUCGUCUUCCCCGCCGUCGUGGUCUCCCCGAACCGCACAACCGUCCCGCGCAUCAUCCUGACCAACACGGGCGGCUUUCGCUACGAUCUGUUAAAGGGGCCCUUCACGAUCGACAACGCCUACCAGACGAACCCAUACACGAACUACUGGCUGCGCACGACCGCCCCGUGGUCCUCGGCCAAGCACCUGCUGCAGAACAUGCAAACAGACAAAGUCUACAAAAAACGCGCCCCACUAGUUCCAGUCAACGAGACGACCUUGGUCAAAACCACGGGAUACGUGACCAAGGACGACCUGGGCAGCGACGGAGACAACAUCCCCCACAUCAACCAGGGCUACUCCGCCGCGCCGCAUUACGUGCAGGCAAACGUCAGCGUCGGCGCCAACACGUCGGAUUCCACGCUCGUGGACGUCUACGUGACGAGUUUCUUCUCCGCCGCCGCGGCAAAGUACCUCGUCGGUGGCAAUACGAGUGAUUGGGUCAACGCGGACGGGAACUUUUCGAGCUUUGACACCUUGCCGAGGAUGGCGGAGCUGCAUUGGAGGAAAGACUGUUGA